UAGAAAAUGCAAAACAGAGCAUUUAAGUCGCUAGUCUCGAAACCCAAACUAAUUGUGUCAUAACGUCAUACGAGGAAGAGAAUUUAAAAUUCAGCAGAUAACUGUAAAAUGAUUGACUCUUCUCUCCUUAGUUUCUUCCCAUUCGUGUGCCAUAGGAAUCUUCGGAUCAUAAUCGUUGGAUCAUUCAAGAAAAGAAUCACCAAACCCGAGCAUUUUUACAUUGGCAAACUUUCCGGUUCAUUAUGUUGUUCUCCUAGUAAAUUCAUAAUUCGGUAUUUAUGGACCCAUAAAGACAUUGAAUGGAGGGUUUCAUGGUUCGGCGCAUGUCUGUAUUAUUUAUUCGCCUGUGCAUGCUUUUUGGCCCAGGCCCAGUUUUUCAUUGUUUAUGAACCAACCGUAAGCAAGUAACCUAAUUUCGCAUGCAAAUAGCCGGAAAAUCAUCAACCGUAUAAUAAAUCGUACGGUUUAACACUAAAUUCAUUGUGCCACGACUAACUAUAGCAUGUGAUUACUGAACUAGAUCUGCGUGGGGAUUUUAAAGCGGUAACAUUGAUUAGAAGCGAGCAAACGUAUUUUGAUUUAGAGACAUGCGCCGAACCGUGAAACCCUCCGUUUAAACUGCCACUUUAUCUUGGCUGUACUUUCUACCCAACGUGAGGAGAUGGGAAAAGCAGUUCUAGCCCAGCCUGUAAGGCAUGUUGUUAUUCUGACACAGUUCGUGUUGGUGGGUUGGUUUGUGACGUUUGGUUUGUGCUGUUUGGAAGAUGCUCAUCCGGGGAAAUGUACCUGCAAGCCUUUUGGCCAAACCCGGAUCAUUGUAACGUGUACAGGGAUUAAGCAAGUGCCACGUGAUUUACCGUCCAAUACGGCACAGUUAAAUCUCUCGGCAAAUCAUUUGAAGUCGAUAGAAGAAGACGCCUUUAGAAAUCUAACAUUACUUAAGGCCAUAGAUCUAUCAAGGAACAGCUUGAAGUCUAUUCCACAAAACGCUUUCCGUAAUCUGAACCUACUGACAUACAUAAAUCUUGCCGAAAAUAACAUCAAAGGUGGAUUUUAUCUCCCUGGAAAUGCUUCACACGUCGAAUUGCAGCACAACAGGAUAUCGUUGAAUGAUUUAAAAAUUAUUCUUAAAGAGUCAAAGGACAUCAAAUUCUUCGAAUUGCAGCACAACAGGAUAUCGUUGAAUGAUUUAAAAAUUAUUCUUAAAGAGUCCAAAGACAUCAAAUUCUUGAAAAAUCAGCCUUGCCAUGCAGGGUUAGAACGGCUCAAGGUUUUCCAACAAGCCAUGAGCGCUUCAACCACGUGGAUCCUUUCGACGGGAUCACCGAAUUGGACGUUGAAGAUGCCGCAACAGAAAGCUAUGCUUUUUUACAUAUCGAUGUACCGUAGGUGA